UAUUAAUGCUAUGUUUUCUUGAUGGUUAGAGUCAUCAGUCCAUGUUUCUGAGGAUGAUCUUCUUCUAAAGUACUUCAGAGAUGGACACAGUUACAGUGUCAUUGUGGAUUUCUUGGCAUCGAAGCACAACAUUAAAAUGAGCCUUCGUACCCUGAAAAAAAAAAAUUGAACAGACUGUCUUUGUACAAACGAAAAAACUACUCGCCUUUGGACAAUGUCCGGACAGCUAUCAUUGCAGAGUUGAAUGGUUCUGGACAGCAUUAUGGUUACCGCACAAUGUGCCAGACCCUACGCCAAAAACACAAUCUUACGGUGAGAAGGCAAGAUGUAAUGCUUAUGAUGGCAGACCUUGACCCAUUAGGUAUUGAACAACGCUCAAGAAGAAGAUUUGUGAGAAGGGUCUACCAUUCUUUGGGGCCAAAUCAUGUUUGGCACAUUGAUGGCUAUGACAAAUUAAAACCAUACGGUUUGGCUAUAAGUGGCUGCAUUGAUGGUUACUCACGUAAAGUGAUGUGGUUAGUUUGUGGAGCUAGCAAUAACAACCCAGAUAUUAUAGCUCAUCAUUACCUACAGUGUGCUACUGAAUUUGGGGUCAUACCAAAGCUUCUUCGCACAGACUGUGGAACUGAAAAUGGAACUAUGGCUGCAAUCCAAUGUUCUCUGAGAUCAGUCCACACAGAUGACCUUGCAGGAGCUUCAAGCCAUAUGUAUGGCUCCUCAACCACAAACCAACGAAUUGAAAGCUGGUGGUCAUACUUCAGAAAACAAAGGUCUCAGUUCUGGAUGGAUCUUCUAAAUGACCUGAAAGAGAAACAACUCUUUAAUGGCAGUCAUGAGCAUAUAUGCUUGGUGCGUUUUGUGUUUUUAAGUGUGCUGCAGAUUGACCUUGAUGAAUGCAAAGAAAUUUGGAACACUCACACCAUUAGGGCAGUUAAACAGUCUCGCUGUCCUUCUGGUAAACCAGAUGCAAUGUAUGCUCUUCCACACAGGUUUAAUGGGAGAGAAUGUGGAUUUCGUGUCUCACAGGAAGACUUGGACCACUUUUUCAUUGAACCGACUAUUAGUACUUGUGGAGAUGAACAGCUUCAGGCCAACUUUGAAGAACUACAUGCUCAAAGCAAUCUGACUGCACCUCACACUUGGGAAACUGGUGUGGAGAACUAUAUAACUUUAAAGAACAUGGCCCGCAUUUAA